AUGGAUGCUCUAAUUUGGAAUAUAAGGUCAGUCAAUACUCAGCAAGCUUUUGAAAUGCUGAUCAAAAUGCAUAGGAAGAAUCACUAUGAUUUUAUUGGUUUGAUGGAACCCAUGCAACAAGUGAGAACACUGGAAAGGUAUAGAAGUAGAAUAGGCUUUGCACAGGCAUUUGCUAAUGUAUCAAACAAGAUAUGGGCUUUCAUUGAUGAGGUAUAUGAAGUUACAAUAAUGUACAACAUGGUUCAGCAAUUAACUUUAAGGCUGUUUCAUACAGAAACUCAUGUAGAAAUGGUCCUUACACUGGUGUAUGCUAAAUGUGAUGCCAUAGAAAGGAUUGAACUGUGGGAUUCAUUGUACUAUAUGGCAAAUGACAUGACAGUACCAUGGUUAGUUGGAGGUGACUUCAAUGUCAUAUGGGAUGAGGAGGAGAAAUUUGGGGGACUUCCAGUUCAUAUAAAUGAAGUUGAUGACUUCAGACAUUGCAUAAAUACCUGUAACCUGAGUGAUCUUGGAUUUAAGGGCAGUAUAUUUACAUGGUGGAAUGGUAGGGCAGAAGAAGACUAUCACAGUCCACUGCAGUUAAAGUGUGAUAUAGAGAACCCUCCUGUGCAGAAACCUUUCAGAUUUUUAAAUUUUUGGGUGGAGCAUGCAGCAUUUAAGGAGGUGGUGCAGGAAAACUGGAAUGUAGAUUUCUGUGCAAGUCCAUAUACCAUCUUUAAUCACAAGUUGAAGAAGUUAAAAAAGGCAUUAUCUGUGUGGAGUAAAAAAACAUAUGGAGACAUUUUUCAAAAGAUAGCAAGCAUGGAGGAGGUGGUUAUUGUUCAUGAAGCAGAAUUUGAAGCCAAUCCUACAAGGUUAAACAGGCAGAGGUUACAAAAGGUCCAAGCAGAACUUACUAGAUUUCUAGCCUUGGAAGAAAAAUAUUGGAAACAGAAGGCUGGCAUGUCAUGGUUUAAAGAUGGUGACAGGAACACUAAGUUCUUCCAUGCUCAAGUAAGAGGUAGAAGAAAGAAGUUGCAAUUAUCCAGAAUUCAAAACAGUCAAGGUGUUUGGAUAGAUGAUGAAGCAGAAAUAGCUGCAGAGGGAAUUCAAUUCUUUCAAGAUCAAUUCUCUGAAACUGCAGUACCAACAACUUCUGAUAUAAUAAAUCAUGUUCCUUCUUUGGUAGAUAUGAAUCAAAACCAGGAGUUAACAAAAUAG